AUGGGCUUCGGGCCGGAGCUGUGGUGCGCGCAGGGGCACAGCGCGCUGCUGCGGCUGCAGGACAGCGAGCUGCGCCUGCUGGAGCUCAUGAGGAAGUGGAUGUCGCAGCGCGCCAAAAGUGACCGCGAGUACGCGGGGCUGCUGCACCACAUGUUCUCCCAGCUGGAGAAGCAGGAAGGCGCAGGGCCGGCGCGUGCCGGCGAGCACGGCAGCCGCCUCGGCGAGUCGUGGUGGGCGCUGGCGAGCCACACGGAGACGCUGAGCCAGAUCCUGCGGCGGCACGCGGAGGAGCUGGCGGCCGGGCCGCUCGCCAAGCUCGGCCUGCUCAUCCGCGACAAGCAGCAGCUCCGCAGGGCCUUCAGCGAGCAGUGGCAGCAGCUGAGCCAGGAGCACGCGCGGGUCACGCAGCAGGACAUGGAGAAGCUGAAGAGCCAGUACCGCAGCCUGGCGCGCGACAGCACCCAGGCCAAGCGCCGCUACCAGGAGGCCAGCAAAGACAAGGAGCGCGACAAGGCCAAGGAGAAGUAUGUGCGCAGCCUCUGGAAGCUCCACGCGCUGCACAACCAGUACGUGCUGGCCGUGCGGGCGGCUGCACUGCACCAUGAGCACCACUAUGAGCGGGCGCUGCCCGCCCUCCACCAGUCCCUCUACAGCCUGCAGCAGGAGAUGCUCCUCGUCCUGCGGGAGAUCCUCUGGGAGUACCACAGCAUCAGCAGCCUGGUGCAGGAGGACGUGCUGGCCGUGCACCAGGAAAUCGCCCGCGCCAUCCAGGCCAUCGACCCCGCCACCGAGUACAGCAGCUUCGUGCAGGGCCACAGGUAUGGCAGCGAGGCCCCGCCGGCCGUGCGCUUCGACGAGAGCCUGCUGGAGGACACGGAGAACCUGGCGCCUGGCGAGCUGCAGCUCAACGAGCUCACGGUGGAGAGCGUGCAGCACUCCCUGACGGCCCUCGAGGAGGAGCUGGCRGCAGCCACCGAGGCCACGGGCUGCAAGGAGCAGCGGGUGCAGGAGCUGCAGGCRCAGAUCUGGGAGGAGGAGAAGGGCCUGGGCCCCGGGGAACGGGUGCACCUGCUGGGGAAGCGCCAGGGGCUGCAGGAGGCGCAGCAGCAGCUCCAGGGCUGCCUCUGCGCCCAGGCCAAGCUGCGGGCGCAGCGGGACCUGCUGGCACAGCGGCUGGCAGAGCUCGACUCCGGGGAUCCCUUGCCCGCCCUGCCCUUCCCCGAGGACCGGCAGUCCCUCUCCUCCGGGGAGCAGGAGCGCAGCGGGGCCACYGCGCUGGAGACCCUCAAAAGCCACAUCUCAGGCAUCUUCCGCCCCAAGUACCUGCUGCCACCCCCCGUGCCGCUGAUCCCGGAGGUGCAGAAGCCGCUGUGCCAGCAGGCCUGGUACCACGGGGCCAUCCCACGCUCGGAGGUGCAGGAGCUGCUCACCUGCAGCGGGGACUUCCUGGUGCGAGAGAGCCAGGGCAAGCAGGAGUUUGUGCUCAGCGUGCUGUGGGAUGGGCAGCUGCGGCACUUCAUCAUCCAGGCUGCUGAUAACAUGUACCGGCUGGAGGGCGACGGCUUCCCCACCAUCCCGCUGCUCAUCGAGCACUGCCUGCAGAGCCGGCAGCCCAUCACGCGCAAGAGCGGCAUCAUCCUGGCCAGGGCUGUGCUCAAGGACAAGUGGGUGCUCAACCACGAGGACGUGCUGCUGGGGGAGCGCAUCGGCCGGGGCAACUUCGGGGAGGUGUUCAGCGGGCGUCUGCGUGCAGAYAACACCCCCGUGGCCGUGAAGUCCUGCCGGGAAACACUACCGCCUGAGCUCAAGGCCAAGUUCCUGCAGGAGGCCAGGAUCCUUAAGCAGUAUAACCACCCCAACAUCGUGCGGCUCAUCGGUGUCUGCACACAGAAGCAGCCUGUCUACAUCGUGAUGGAGCUGGUGCAGGGCGGCGACUUCCUGAGCUUCCUGCGCAGCGAGGGAAGCCAGCUCAAGGUGAAGGAGCUCAUCAAGAUGACGGAGAACGCAGCCGCUGGCAUGGAGUAUCUGGAGAGCAAGCACUGCAUCCACAGGGACUUGGCCGCACGAAACUGCCUAGUGACAGAGAAGAACACGCUGAAGAUCAGCGACUUCGGCAUGUCGCGGGAGGAGGAGGACGGCAUCUACGCCUCCACGGGCGGCAUGAAGCAGAUCCCUGUCAAGUGGACUGCCCCAGAAGCCCUCAACUACGGCCGGUACAGUUCGGAGAGCGACGUCUGGAGCUUCGGGGUGCUGCUGUGGGAGGCGUUCAGCCUGGGCGCUGUCCCCUACGCCAACCUCAGCAACCAGCAGACGCGCGAGGCGGUGGAGCAGGGCGUGCGGCUGGAGCGCCCCGAGCACUGCCCCGAGGAUGUGUACCGCCUGAUGCAGCGCUGCUGGGAGUACGAGCCCCGCAGGCGGCCCGGCUUCAGCGCCCUGCACCAGGAGCUGCUGGGCAUCCGCAAGCGGCACCGCUGA